GGUCGUCCAUAAGGUAGCAGGGAUCCAUACACUUUGAAUUGUAGUCACAGUUGACUAAUACCAGUCCCCAGUGUUAUUGGUUUCCACGUACGUCCGCAUAAUCUUCAUCCAAAAUCCAAAAUCCCAAUAAAAGUGUAACCGAUUACUCUCAGAGAUAAACACACGGUUUUCAACUUAGAGUUUCGUCUUCCUGCAUUGUCAUCUUCAUCUCUGGAUUUUGCCGGUUUUCAACAAGGAUUUAGAAUUCCAUUCGUAUUCAUCAAAAUAUGUCGGGUAGUAGCGAAUCAUCCUAUGAAUCUAUUUCCAGGCGCAGAAACACAACUGAUAAAUUGGUGGAGCAAGCAGAUUUUUCUUCCUCUUCUCCUUACAAUCUGAGACCUUAAGAAUACCAUUAAAGUUCCUGCUCGCUUCGCCUUUACUUCAAUGGCUGCCAACAUGGUUGAUGUCUGCGUUGACACUGAGGAGAAGCAGAAUGAGAAAGAUACUAGUGAUGGCAAAACGACAACUGAUGAUGAGAUCUCCGCCAGUCCGUCAGUCAACCCUGCUGAGUUUGAACUGGGAAUCUCUAUCCAUGAAUAUCCAACUGUUGGACUUUCUUUCGAUCUUCUCCUGAAUAACUCAUGUCGUGACCACCAGAAUAUGGGUGGGUUUAUCGUGUCUAAGUGUUAUGCCGCUAUGUAUACCAAGAUCUGCAAGAUAUACGGUCACAUCGCUACCACCGAGGUAUGGAAGAACGAUCCACAAACACUUGUUAUUGCUGUAGCUGGAUUGCUACCCGUGAUUGAAGAGAUGGAGAAGAAUAAUCUUCGUGAUGUCAGCAACAAGGAACUGUAUCGGUGGGACGAUAUGAUCUCUAACUGUGAGGUUCUCAGACUUAACGUCGGCUGGAUUCGUCAUCGUCUCGAGAUCAUCAAGAUCGAUAAAGCGGUCACCGCCGCUAAUAUAGUCUCUUCUACGAAUGCCAUCAUAGAGGAAUAAAAAACUCUGGCCACGGAGUCCGUAAGAGUGGACAAGGCGAUUCAGGACUUGAGGAUCAAGACUGAUAACUAUCGGAAGAGGCUUGAGACGGUGUACCACAGGAACUAUUUACUGUUGGAUGGGUUACUCUAUAGAGUUUUUGGUUUUUCACAUUUCAGAAUGUUUUCUUGAGUAAGGUUUAAUUUGAUGAAACUUUUUAGAUUGCUGCAAUGUGUUUUCUUUUGAAUG